CCGAAAGUCAGUGCCGCGCGGACCCUGCGUGACCAAUUGGCGGCUUUCUUUCUACUUCCACACAUCUUUACCUUGAACCAUGGCAUCGUCUUCGUCAUCUAGCGCAUUUACUAAACCCCCUGCUCGCGCAGCUGACCUCGACGAAACAUGGGCCUUCUUGAGCCAGGGUGUGGAUCAUAUAAUGAACAAGCUCGACACUGGCAUGAAUUUUGACAGUUACACAAACCUCUACACGACAGUGUACAACUAUUGUACAUCGACGAAAAUGCAAGGAAGGCAAGAUAGCAAUCGGAGUGGUGCUAACCUGGUCGGCGCAGAUCUAUACAUGAAGUUACAGGAAUACUUUGUGGAUCAUUUCAAGCCGAUGAAGGAGAAAACCGCUGGGCUACAAGAUGAAGAACUGUUACGAUACUAUGCCACUGAAUGGGAUCGGUAUACGACUGGCGCGAAUUUCCUAAACCGUUUAUUCAUAUACCUUAAUCGAUAUUGGGUGAAGAGAGAGCGAGACGAAGGAAAGAAGACGGUCUACCAAGUCUACACUCUUGCCCUGGCUCAAUGGAAGCAGCAUUUCUUCGUUCCUAUACAGCAGGACAACAUCAAGCUUGUCGGUGCCCUCCUUCGUCUCAUCGAACGACAACGAAACGGCGAAGUGAUUGAUCAGGGUCUGGUGAAAAAGGUCGUCCUUUCUUUCGUCUCUCUCGGCCUCGACAACAAUGAUCUCAUCAAAGAGUGUCUUGAUGUAUAUAAAGAGCACUUUGAAAUUCCGUUCAUUGAAGCGACCGAGAAGUACUACAAGAUGGAGUCUGAAACGUUCCUUGCAUCUAACACUGUCUCCGAGUACCUCAAGAAGGCGGAGGAUCGUCUACGAGAGGAGGAAGACCGUAUAGAAAGAUACCUGCAUACGAAAACCCGGAAAGAGCUCAUAUCAAAAUGUGAACACGUCCUCAUCCGUGAACACUCUGAGCUCAUGUGGGACAGCUUCCAAAAGCUGCUCGACUUCGAUCAAGACGAGGACCUUCAGCGUAUGUACGCUUUGCUGUCCCGAAUUCCAGAGGGUCUGGAGCCUCUCCGCAAACGAUUUGAAGGUCACGUGAAGCAGGCCGGUCUGUCCUCUAUUUCAAAGUUGGUGGGAGAAGGAGGCAAUGCAGACAGUAUUGAUCCAAAGGUAUACGUUGAUGCACUUCUCGAAGUGCAUAAGAAAAACUCCGAGACUGUUGCUCGGAGUUUCAAGAGUGAGGCUGGGUUCGCGGCCAGUUUAGAUAAGGCCUGCAGAGAGUUCGUCAAUCGUAAUGCCGCCACCGGUACUUCCUCCACUAAAUCUCCUGAACUCAUUGCUAAGCAUGCGGACAUGCUGCUGAGGAAGAAUAACAAGAUGGCUGAAGAGGAAGAUUUGGAAGGCGCCUUGAACCGAGUGAUGGUCCUAUUCAAAUAUCUCGAGGAUAAGGAUGUUUUCCAAACCUUUUACACCACUAAGCUCUCAAAGCGACUUAUCCACAGCGUCUCUGCGUCAGACGAGAGUGAAGCCAGCAUGAUAUCGAAACUGAAAGAAGCGUGCGGUUUCGAGUACACCAACAAGCUCCAGCGCAUGUUUACCGACAUGAGCUUGAGCAAAGAUCUCACGGACUCCUUCAAGGAGCGAAUGACCCAGAACCACGACGACAUGGAUAUUACCUUCAGUAUUAUGGUCCUCGGCACCAACUUCUGGCCUCUGAACCCCCCUCCACACGAAUUCGUUAUCCCAGCUGAAAUCCUCACCACCUACGACCGGUUCCAAAAGUACUACCAACAAAAGCACUCUGGACGCAAGCUCACAUGGCUGUGGAAUUACUCGAAGAACGAGCUUCGGACGAACUACCUCAACCAAAAGUACAUUCUGAUGACGAGCUCAUAUCAGAUGGCGGUUUUGGUGUUAUAUAACAAGAACGACACGAUGUCGCUCGAGGAAAUUUUCGUUGCAACGUCCAUUGGGAAGGACAUCUUAACGCAGGUGUUAGCCUUACUCGUAAAGGCUAAGAUUUUGAUUAAUGAGGAGGCUGAUCAGUAUGAUCUGAACCCGGGCUUCAAAUCCAAGAAGAUUCGUGUCAACCUUAAUCUUCCCAUCAAGGCCGAAGUCAAGCAAGAGACAAACGAGGUUCUCAAGGCUGUCGACGAGGACCGGAAAUACGCCGUCCAAGCCACCAUCGUCCGUAUCAUGAAAGCACGAAAGACCAUGAAGAACCAAGCCCUUAUCCAGGAAGUCAUCUCUCAGAUUUCUCAUCGAUUCGCGCCCAAAAUUCCUGAUAUUAAGAAGGCCAUAGAGACCCUGCUCGAGAAGGAAUAUAUUGAAAGAGUAGAAGGGUCAAAGGAUACAUUCGCAUACGUUGCAUGAGACCGUUCAUUUUCCUUCGACGACUGUCAGCCCUGCUCAUGAUUAUCCUCGUAGUAUGUACUCUUCUUUCAUAUAAUUUCUUCAAUUUUCUGUAUCCACUUGCUGCAUAUGUAUAUGAUUUACAUCGUAUCAAUACAUCUUAGAAUGCAAUUCUUAAAGACA